AGCAUGAGUGGGAAUUCCUCGUCCUGCGGCAGUUGAUCAUGUAGAAGUUUAGGUUUGAUACGAAUUGGAAAUCGACCAAAUGGAGGUGGAGCAAUUCAUUUCAACCACACAGCAGCAGUCGGGGGACAACGACAAGAACUUGGCGAAGUCGAAGAGCGAUCAUGAUUCAUCGACAUUGAAUAAUUACAACGAUUUUUAUAUGACCAGUCCCGGAGACACGUUCCGCUCGUUUGAGGACGCGAAGUAUCCUGUGCAAAAGUAGCGUACUCGUAUAAAUGCAAGUCUUGCAUGGCAAAUCUUUUUCUUAAGGUAAAUCCGCAUAUAGAAACUCUAUUUCUCAUGCUGAGGAAAUUUGUAAUGCAUUAAUAUACGAGUACCAGUACGAUACUUUUGCACAGGAUACGAAGUCCGCUGCAGAUUUCUCCAAGGAGAAGUUGGAAAGCUGCUUGUCCCAGGUAGUGGACGAUGAAGAGGAUGACGCAAUUAAUGUUAAUAACCCUGGAGGUGGAGCAGCAGGAGCAGCAUCACAAGCUUCCACCGGGCAACUUCCGAAGACCAAACAGGUCGAGGUGAUCCGCCGCCUUUUCAAGUACCCGGAUUUAUCCUGUGCAAAAGUAUCGUACUCGUAAUCGUAUUGCAAUCAUGCAUUACAAAUUUUUUUCUCAAGGUAAAUCCGCAUUGCAAAUUUUAUUUCUCAUGCUGAUGGAAAUUGUCAUGCAUUUAUACGAGUACGAUUACGAUACUUUUACAGUUCAUAUGAUUUCAAUUUACUCGACGCAAAGUACGAAACUUCCGUUCUCCAGCAGCCGAAUACUAGUCUUAAGGUAGAAGUGAUCACGGACACACGGAUCAGCACGAGACCGUUUUCUACCUGUAGUUACGGCAUGAUGUCGAGUCGGUCGACGCUACAUCAACCAGUUGGUCAACACCAGCCCUAUCAACAGCUUGCUACAAGAACUCAUCUUCCGGGCAAGCAAAGCCAAAGCUCGUCGACCGCGGCCUACUGUGAGGCGGCCGGGGGCUGCUCAUCUAGUACUGGUAGACGAAAAACUAGCAUGAGUGGGAAUUCCUCGUCCUGCGGCAGUUGAUCAUGUAGAAGUUUUUAUUCUUCUUGCGAGUGAUUUCGGAGUGGAGAUGGAAGCUACGGCGCCGAUGCGGGGAAUGGUAGCGACCGCGUCCUCAAAAGGAGGACAUUCAAAGAUUUUGGGAGUAGGAUUUGCUUGUUUUGAACAAGAAGUUGUAGAUCGUGGACUACUAGUACAUCUAGAGAUGAUCCGAGUACAAGUUGUAAUUGGAAAUCGUAGCUUCCGAGCAUGAAAGGCGGCAUGAUUUGUAAUUGCUGCUGGCAUUGCAAAAAACAUAAGGACAACCAUGCAGAUCGUAGAAUUGAUUUUGGUCGUGUAUCGCGACGGCCAUUUUGGGUUUUUUGGAAGAUUCAAAUUAUAAGGCGACGGCCAAUAGUGCGAAUGAUGAAGCGACGGCCAAGACAAUGAUGGAAACUUCACCUACAGAAUGUAGAUGCAGUUCGAUGUUGUAGUCUG